CCGGUUCAUUUCCAGUCCUGUUCGGUUCCAGUCCUGUCCUGUUCGGUCUGGUUCGGCGCAUCCUCCUCCGUUUGAUGAAACCGUCGGUCGGUCUCGGUUCCAUCUGAUCUUCCGACAGCGACGACAUGGCGUCUGCUGCCCGUGAUGUACGUCCCCUGAGGCGGAGCUUCAGCUAUGAGUUCCUCCCACCGUCCAUGUCUGAGCUGAGGGUUGUUCUUCUGGGGAACAACUGGUCUAAAAAGAAUAUAGUGGGAAACCUGAUCCUGGGACAGAAAGUGUUCAACUCUGAGCUCACCUCCUCCAUAAGAAUCAGUAGAACGAUAAAAGAUAAAAAAGUCGCCGUCAUCAUCACCUCGGAUCGUCUGCUUCAUGACAUCUCAAACCAUGAGCUGACGGAGUUCAUAAAAGACUGUUCAGAAGCUUCACAUCCUGGACCUCAUGUGUUCCUGCUAGUUCUACACCCUGAAGAUUUCACUGAGGAACACAAACGGAGAAUAGAAUCAGUCCUGGAAAACUUCAGUGAUCAGUCAUUUAAUCAAACACUGAUUCUGACUUCGCCACCAAGAAAACAGAGUCCAGGACUCGUGGAAAGAUACGGACAAGCACUACAACGAGACAUGAUCAGAAGAUGCAGAUACAGACAUCUACAGCUGGAGAACCUUGACCAACAUGAACUGCUAACACGACUGGGUCAAAUAGCAAAAGAGAACAACGGAGAACAUCUGAGCUACGAAGCUUUUGAGGAAACAUCAUCUUCUUUACCAUCUGAUCAUCACGGCCUGAAACAAAAAAUGUACAUGAUCAGUGAUUCUGUCAAAGCUGCUGGACUGAAUGUGUUCAGACAAACUCCACCCAAGACCCAACCCUCUGUGAGGAACCCCUCGUCUCUCUCAUCUGCCUUCAUGAUUAUGAUGUUUGGGAAAAGUGAAGACAAGAAGACUAAACUUGGUAAUGUCAUCACUGGGAAGCAACAUUUUUCUUCCCGAAAACCUUCUCCGACUAAACAAUGUGUGGCCAUUGAUGGAGAGUGGGGAGGAAAACCUCUAACAGUGGUGAAAACUCCAGACAUCUCCAGUCUGACGGUGGAAUCACUGAGGAACAUGGUGGUCAACUACGCGACACCUGAACCCAGUGUUCUUCUGCUGUUGGUGAAGCCGUCAGAUUUCACUGAGGAGGACAGUCAAACACUGAGGUUCAUCCUGAGUUUGUUUGGUCCAGAUGCCUUCAAACACUCCAUGGUUGUCUUCACACAUGAUCAGAGUGAAAUGAGUUUCUCUGCCAAUGAGCUCCUGAAAGACUGUGGAGGAAGACACUACAACAUGUCUGAAGAAGACCACAGUGUUUUAAUGGAGAAGAUUGAAGAAACUAAAGACAACAGCCUCGUUCCUCUGUCCACAGUCAUCAAACCACCUUUAAACCUGGUUCUGUGUGGGAACAGAAGAUCAGAGAAGACUUCUGCAGCCAGGGCCCUUCUAGGUCUGACUGAGCUCCGUUCAGGUUCUUCACAGUUUGUUAAACGUCAGGUGGAGUUCUGUGGACGUCAGGUUUCUGUGGUGGAGUUGCCUGUCCUGAAUGGAAGACCUCAGGAAGAAGUGAUGAAAGAGUCACUCCAGUCCAUCUCCCUCUGUGAACCUGAGGGCGUCCAUGCCUUCAUCCUGGUCCUACCAGUGGGUCAACUCACCGACGAAGACAAGGCAGAGUUAGAGACCAUCCACAACACAUUCAGCUCUCGAAUCAGGGACUUCACUGUGAUUCUGUUCACUGUGAAGUCAGAUCCUACAGCUCCAGCUGUGGUGAACUUUGUAGAAAUGACUAGUGACAUCCAGGAGCUGUGUCAGAAAUAUGGAGGAACAUCUGUCAUUCUCAACGUCAGAGACAAACAGCAGGUCUGUGAGGUGUUGGACACUGUGGACAGAAUGAGAAUGUCCAAGGACAAACUGUCCUACACAGUAGAAACAUUUGCACAAGUCCAGUCAGAGAAGAUCAUACAACAACAAACACGCAUCAACAAGCAACAGUCUGAAAUUGAAGAUCUGAAAAAGAAACAACCAUUUGUAGCAGCUGAUGAAGAUAAACAGAGUCCAGAUUGUCUGAGGAUUGUGUUGAUUGGAAAAACCGGCAGUGGAAAGAGCUCCUCAGGAAACACCAUCCUGGGAAGAAGAGACUUUAAAGCUGAAUCAAGUCAAACAUCAGUUACCAAACUUUGUCAGAAAGCAGCAGGUCAGGUGGACGGUCGUCCUGUCGCUGUAGUCGACACCCCAGGCCUUUACGAUAACACCCUGACCCGUGAGGAGGUUCAGGAGGAGAUGGUGAAAUGCAUCAGUCUUCUGGCUCCAGGACCACAUGUCUUCCUGUUGACACUUCAGAUUGGUCGACUCACGCCUGAAGAGAAGGACACACUGAAACUCAUCAAAGAAGGAUUUGGAAAGAAUGCAGAAAGAUUCACCAUCAUCCUUUUCACAUGUGGAGAUAAACUGGAACACGAGGAGCGGUCCAUUGAGGAUUACAUCGAAAAAGGAUGUGAUGAUUCAUUCAAGAAGCUGAUCUCUGACUGUGGAGACAGAUACCAUGUGUUCAACAACUUUAACAAGAACAAUCGCACUCAGGUCAGUGAACUGAUCGACAAGAUCGACAACAUGGUGAAAGAAAAUGGAGGCGGCUGCUACACCAACGAGAUGUUGGAAGAGGCAGAAGCAGCGAUAAAGAAGGAGAUGGAGAGACUACUGAAGGAGAAAGAAGAAGAGAUGAAGAAGAAGGAGGAAGAGCUGAAAAGAAACUACGAGGAGAAAAUGGAAGAAAUGAAAAGACGAAUGGAAGAACAAAAAGAAGAAAUAGAAAAGGAGAGAAAACAGAAAGACAGAGAACUCCGAGAAAUGGAGGAAAACAUCAACAAGGAGUGUGAGAAGAGGAGGAAAGAACAGGAAACGAGAGACGAAGAAGACAAAAGAAAGAAACAAGAGGAUGAAGCGAAACGGCAAGAAUGGGAGCAGAAGAUCAGAGCCAUGGAGGAAAAGAUAAGAUCUGAAUCCCAGGAGAAACAGAACAUCAACAUAAAACUGGACAUGAGCAGAAAGGAGGUGGAACAACAACAGGACGCCUGGGAGAAGGAAAGGAAGGACUGGUGGAAGAAACGGCAAGAAGAAGAUGAACAGAGACGACAGGAAGAGCAAACGAAAAUCACAAAACUCAGAGAAAAAUUUGAGCAAGAGAAGGAAAAAUAUGAAACGGAAAGACAGAAAGAAGAUCAAAUGAGACGAGAACAGGAAGAACGAGAGAGAAGAGAAUUAGAGGAAAACUACAAGAAGAAAAUGGAGGACAUGAAGAACAAAUACGAAGACGAGGCAAGAAAACAAGCCGAGGAGUUUAAUGAAUUCAGACAGAAAUACGCCAAAGACCUCGAAGCUCUGAUGGAAAAACAUGACGAAGAACUCAAAGAUCUGAAGAAGAAACACAGGAAAGAAAUCCAAGAGAAACAGGAAGUGCACAGUAAAGACUACAAACUGCUGAAGGAGCUGUCGAAGCACACCGAAAGAGAAUUAAAAACAGAACUGAGACAGAAAGAAAAAGAGCUGAAAACUGAAAGUGGUGAAAAAGCUAAACUACAACAUGACCUGCUGCUCAAAGAAGUGGAAAACCUGAAGCUGAAGCAAGAAAAAGAGCUGAAUGAGCUGAAGGAGAAAUACAAGAGCAGAUGUUCCAUCCUCUGAUGAUCCUUCACACAACUCCUCAUUCAGCCCAUCAGUAUCCAGGCCAUUUGGAGCGCAUCUGCUGACCUUUAACCUUUUAGCAUUGACAGAGCGCAGCCAUUUUCCUGCAGUUCCACAAGGAGGUGGAGUCAUGUGGCUCCUGUGGACUGAGUCCUCCCGGACCCCAUGGCUGAAGGUCUGAAGGAAAAGCCAGUAUGAGACAAUAUGUUUAGUGGACGACUUAAAGACAGCAACACUGACAGAUACAAACAGAAUGAAUUCACUUUCCUCUUGUGUCACAUAUAGGGGCAAGAAAAAAUACGUAAACGCUUUGGAAUUUCAUAGUUUUCUGCAUUAAUGUGUCAUAAAAUGUGUUCUGUUGUUCAUUUAAGUCACAGGUAUUGGACAAAUGUAGUGAUCUUAACCUCCUGAGACCCAGGAAAUGCCAGCAAAGUACCAGCUUUUCUUGUUUUUUAUUAAAUAAGUGCCUAUAUUGGAAACAUCAUGAUGCAACAGUUUUUUCAGAUGCAGUUUUAAAAAAUUUUAUAGAAUGUCCGUUGUGGUGGCCAGUUUUCUUUUUUUUGUAUAAAGUUGUGAAACUCUUGUCCACAAAUGUGGACAGAAAACCCAUAGCUGGGUCUUAGGAGGUUAAAAUAAUAUUUAUUAAUAAAGGAAAAUAUUCUGAUUGUCUAACCUGAAACCUAAAGGGCAUGUCUCCUUGACAAAAUGACACAGAAAUUUUAAUGGAGGAAAGUCUGUGAGGUAGUCCAAACACAGAUGGGCGAUACAUGUCUAAAAAUGCUGUGAUUUAAUUGGCUAAUGAGAUUUUAUUUUAAAGCAGAAAAACUGAACAAAUUCAACACAGAGAUUCCAGAUCUGUGUAAUAGAUGCAGAGAAGAUAAGGGCACUUUGUUCCAUUGUCUGUGGUUCUGUCCAAAAAUAAAGGAAUUUGGGGGAGAAGUUAGAGGUGUGUUACAGGAGAUUUGAUCAGUGAAACUAGUGCUGGAACCCAAGUUUUUUAUACUAGGAUUAUACCCCGAAGAAAUUCAGAUAAAUCGCGAUGAGAAAAUCCUCAUAAACCUGAGAAUAUUACAAGCAAAGAGAGUGAUCGCUCUGUCAUGGAAAGAAAUGGGCAAACUGAGCAAAACGACUCCAAGAGCUGUCUUUAUGUUUACCACUGGAAAAAAAAAAUCACAUACACUUUAAAAGACAUUUUUGGAAAAAGGGUGGGGGUGUUUCAUUAUGUGAAGAAUAAAGAUUUGACUUGAUUUGAUCUGUUGUGGGUAUCUGAGACAUUAUAAUUAUUACUGUACAGGUCCACAGUCAUUUACUGUAUUUUCUGAUAAUACUACUGAUCAUCUGGAAGGACUGUCAUGGAAUCAAGCAUUGAUUUUAAAUGUACCUUUUUGUCUGUUUGAUUGUUUAUAUGAUUCUAUUUUGUAUAUGUAGUGGGUAAAAAUCUCAAUAAAUAUAUUCUCGAAAAAAAAAAAAAAAGACAGAAAUCUCACACAAAUACACACAUACUAUUGUGAU